AUGCAACUACCAGAUGAAACAUUUGUUGGUGAACGCGGUGUGCAGUUAAGUAGCGGUAAAAAACAGCGCAUUGCGCUAGGUCGUGCUCUUGUCAAAAAGCCAGCAUUUCUUUUGUUGGAUGAAGCAACAAGUGCCCUUGAUAAUGUGAGCGAAAAUCUUGUUCAAGAAGCGCUUGUCGUGCAUGCAGGGUAUACCACUUUUGGAUUAGCAGGAUCGAAACUGACGGAACGUGUGCGUUCACAAGCUUUUGCUUGUCUUCUUCGUCAAGAAGUUGCUGAUUGCGACCGACCUGAAAAUAGUUCUGGUGCAAUCAGUUUUCGUCUAGCUUCUGAUGCAUCAGCUAUUCGCGAGAUAGCUAGUUCAUGA